AUGUGUCCAAGGUACAUUGACAAUGCCCAAGAGGUUGAUUUCAUCCGUAAGACUGCCGUAAUUGACAGAGAGCUCCAUCGUUUGAAUGUAGACAUCGCGGGACUGCAGGAGGCGCGGCUUCCAGACGCGGGCUCUAUCAGGGAGGAUAAUUACACAUUCUUCUGGCAGGGGAAGUCUCAAGACGAGCCAAGACUUCAUGGCGUAGGAUUUUCUGUUAAAAACGCCCUCCUGGACUGUACUGUGCCACCAUCCGGUGGAACAGAGCGAAUUAUUGAUUUGAAAAUAUGCUCCUCAAGUGGCACUGUCAGCAUCUUAAAUGUGUACGCACCUACCUCAUCAUACAGCAUGGAAGAGAAGGAUCUGUUUUAUGACUUACUCAGUGACAGAAUAGCCAAGCUUAAGGAUCAGCACAAGGUGUCUUGGAGACACCCGCGCUCUCAUCACUGGCAUCAACUUGACUUAGUCAUAGGUAGGCGUACUGGUCUCAAAAAUGUGCCACUGACACGAAGUUAUCAUAGUGCUGAUUGCAACACAGACAACGCCCUGGUGUCGUGCACAUUGAGGCUCACUCCUAAGAAAUGUCACCACGCUAAACCGAGAGGUCAUCCCCGUAUCAACACAGAUCAUGUUCAUGACACACAAAGAAAGCAGGAUUUUGCCAGUAAUUUUGAAAGUGCUUUCCCAGGAAACGUGCAAGCAGAAAGGAAUGUUGAUAAGAAAUGGGCAAAACACUCGGGUGCAAUCUACAACUCAGCAGUAUUGGCCUAUGGAAUAAAAGGAGAAAGAAAUAAGGACUGGUAUGAGCAAAAUUUGGAAGAAAUGGAAUCAGUCACUGAGGCUAAACGGAAAGCCCUCCUUGCUUACAAAAGAAACCCAAAUGAAAGAACUCGAGAUGACCUACGAAAAGCAAAGAACAGGGCACAGCAAACAUCCUGGAGAUGCGCAAAUAACUACUGGCUGAAUUUAUGUGCAGGUAUUCAGAAAGCGGCCGACUCUGGGAAUGCUAAGGCAAUGUACGAUGGUAUUAAGAAAGCAAUUGGACCAACUGUCAGAAAAACAGCUCCUCUGAAAUCCAAGACGGGUGAAGUCAUUACUGAUGAAGGCAAACAAAUGGAUCGCUGGGUUGAACACUACCUCGAGUUGUAUGCAGCCGAGAAUGAAGUUAGCAAGGAUGCAUGUGACGCCAUCAAACAAAUGCCAGUUAUGGAAGAACUAGAUGCAAUGCCUACUAUGGAAGAACUCAGUAGAGAAAUAGAUUCUCUUGCUAACGGAAAGGCCCCAGAUUACGAGAUAGGCGGGGGCGGUCGCGCGCGCAGUUUGUCUCCGGCGCCGAGGCGAGGCGAGGCGAGGCGAGGCGAGGCGACGACGCGUCGAGAGGAGAGGCGGGCGUCGCGACGCCUGCAAAAAGGCGCCGGCGCCUCUGCCGCCCGCGGGCAGCACGUGCGCUGCACGUGA